AUGAAUAGCCCCAUCUUGGAUCAGCUUAUCCGGUGGGCGGCUCGCAGGUCGCCGGUGGCGCUCGACGCAGCGGCGGGAGAUGUGUCGCUCGAUUACGACCGCUUGGCGGGCGAGGAGCCGGAGCCGCGGCCGUCCGGCACCCGGCCACCGCCCACCAUCAAGGGCAAUGGCGGGGCCAACGACGGGAUGUUCACCGGGUCCGAUGCCCAGCUGGCGGCCAUCCUCCUGGGGAUCCUGGGCUUUUUCAUGGUCCUGUCGAUCGUCAUCCUGGUGGUGAUAUUCAUCAAGGCCCGCCAAAGGCGCGUGGUCCUGAAUCGCCACUUUCACAUGGACGAAACGGUGGCCGAACGCCGGCUGCGCGAUGGCUACGCCGACAUGGACGCCACCGCCGGGCCGGGGAGUACCCUGGCCGCGCUGGCCAUCGGCCCGACCUCCGGCCGCCCGGCCGGGGGCGGCCCCGUCGGCUCGAACGCCGCGCGCAUUGACUUCCUCCUGUCCCAGGUGUCGCAGAGCCGACGUGGCUCGGCCGCCUCGGGCCAUGGCGUGGAAAAGGCCUGCCCCGAUGCGCCUGCCGGCUCGACGACCAUCGAUCUGACCGAGGCCAUCUUGCGGUACCACCAGCGGCUGGUCAUGCAGCAGCGCUUGCACCGGGAUGUCGGCGAUACCCUUCCGGAUUUGGGCAACAUCGUUGUCGCCCCGCCGAUGCGGGAGUUCGCCGGCGGCGCAGGUGGCGCGCCCUUGGUAUUUAAUGCCACCCGACCGGAGGCGGCCGCGCUUCAGCAGCGGGUCCAAGAGUGUCCCCAGUCCUUUUAA